UCUCUCUCUCCUAACUUUGUUUUGGACCCUGCUUUCUGUCAGCUUUGUUUUUCCUGAAACCAGAAAGAGUGAAUUGGUUCAAUAUAAUCAGAUUCUGAUUUCUCUGUGUGUUUCUUCUCUUAAACGGGGAGAGAGGAAGGAAACAUGGCAGGAAAUGAGUGGAUAAACGGAUACUUGGAGGCCAUACUCGAUGCAGGAAUCAGUGCAACCAAGUCGAGAAAGAACGGAGGAGGAGGAGGAGGCCAUGACAGAAGCUUCCGGCCGGGAAGAAUAAGUAAUAGAAAAGAGGAAUCAGAAGAAAAAGAGAGCAAGGUGGAGGAGACAAAUCUGAGUUUGUUCAGUCCCACCACCAAAUACUUUGUAGAAGAGGUUGUCAACAGCUUUGAUGAGUCCGACCUCCACCGCACCUGGAUUGCCGUAAUUGCAACAAGGAAUACACGUGAACGCAAUAACAGACUUGAGAAUAUGUGCUGGAGAAUAUGGCAUCUUGUUCGUAAAAAGAAACAGAUUGAAUGGGAUGAUGCGCAGAGGCUUGCAAAGCGGCGCAUUGAGAGAGAACAAGGGCGAAAUGAUGCCGCAGAGGACUUGUCUGAGCUUUCUGAAGGGGAGAAGGAGAAAGGGGGAGCAAAUAACCAAAAUGACCAGUCAGUAAGUGAUAAAAUUCCUCGAAUCAAUUCCGAUAUGCAGAUAUGGCCAGAUGACGACAAGUCCAAGCGCCUAUACAUUGUCUUAAUCAGCUUACAUGGAUUGGUGCGUGGAGAAAACAUGGAACUAGGAAGAGAUUCAGACACUGGUGGACAGGUGAAGUAUGUGGUAGAGCUGGCUAGGGCUCUAGCCAACACCAGAGGCAUCUAUCGUGUUGACCUCUUAACUCGCCAGAUCUCCUCUCCAGAUGUAGACUCUAGUUAUGGUGAGCCCAUUGAAAUGUUGUCAGGCCCAUCUGAUGCCGAUGAUCAGGUUGAGGGUGAUAGUUGCGGGGCCUACAUAAUUCGAAUCCCAUGCGGACCUCGUGAUAAGUACAUACCAAAGGAGUCACUCUGGCCUCACAUAUCAGAGUUUGUUGACGGGGCACUGGCCCACAUUGCCAACGUGGCAAGAGCCCUAGGGGAACAAGUAGAUGGAGGGAAGCCAAUGUGGCCCUAUGUGAUUCAUGGCCACUAUGCCGACGCCGGAGAGGUGGCAGCGCACUUGGCCGGGGCCUUGAACGUUCCUAUGGUGCUGACGGGGCACUCGCUCGGGCGGAACAAGUUUGAGCAGCUAUUGAAACAAGGCAGGCUGUCCAAGGAGGACAUCAAUUCAACAUAUAAGAUAAUGAGGAGGAUUGAAGCUGAGGAGUUGGGACUAGAUGCUGCUGAAAUGGUGGUCACUAGCACAAGGCAAGAGAUAGAAGAGCAAUGGGGUCUGUAUGAUGGGUUUGAUAUAAAGUUGGAAAGGAAGCUUAGGGUGAGAAAGAGAAGGGGAGUCAGUUGUUUUGGUCGCUACAUGCCUCGGAUGGUGGUCAUACCACCAGGGAUGGAUUUCAGCUAUGUUACAAUGCAAGAAUCAUUAGAAGGAGAUGGGGAUUUCACAUCGUUGAUCAGCUCAGACAGGAACCAGACCAAAAGACACUUGCCUCCUAUAUCGUCCGAGAUAAUGCGAUUUUUUACAAAUCCUCACAAGCCUAUGAUACUGGCGUUGUCUCGUCCGGACCCUAAGAAGAAUGUCACCACUUUGUUGAAGGCUUUUGGGGAAUGUCAUCCCCUCCGGGAGCUUGCAAAUUUGACUCUGGUACUAGGAAACAGAGAUGACAUAGAGGAGAUGUCUAGCAGCAGCUCAGGUGUUCUCACGACAGUUCUCAAGCUCAUUGACAAGUAUGACUUGUACGGCCAGGUGGCAUACCCCAAGCAUCACAAGCAAUCUGACGUCCCAGAAAUAUACCGUUUGGCUGCCAAGAGCAAGGGUGUUUUCAUCAAUCCGGCCCUAGUAGAACCUUUUGGUCUCACUCUCAUUGAGGCAACUGCUUAUGGGCUUCCUGUUGUUGCCACUAAAAAUGGAGGCCCCGUGGAUAUCCACAAGGCUCUUUGCAACGGCCUUCUUGUAGACCCACAUGACCAGAAGGCAAUCGCAGAUGCCCUACUCAAGCUCGUUUCAGACAAAACCCUCUGGUUCGAAUGUCGAAGAAAUGGCCUCAAGAACAUCCAUCGCUUCUCGUGGCCGGAGCACUGUCGUAACUACCUCUCCCAUGUUGAACACUGUAGGAAUCGGCACCCCACCACCCACCACCUUGAGGUUGUCCCAAGCGUUGCCGAAGAACCCAUGAGCGACUCACUCAAGGACAUCGACGAUCUCUCCCUGAAAUUCUCCAUUGAUGCAGACUUCAAGUUGAAUGGAGAACUUGAUGCUGCUGCUCGACAGAAGGAGCUCAUCGAUGCCUUGACCCGUCGUCGCCCUUACAAUGGCGCGGUUAGCAUCAGUCAUGGCCCGGGCAGGCGGCAAAGGCUUUAUGUAAUCGCUGUGGAUUGCUACGACGUCAACGGAGGAGGAGGUAUGGCCAACUGCUUACCGGUGAUCAUCAAGAAUGUGGCGGCAGCAGCAGGUGGCCCCGGUCGGACCGGUUUUGUGUUGUCGACUGGUUCCACACUUGCAGAGACGUUGGAGAUGUUGAGAUGUUGUCAGUUGGAGGCAGGGGAUUUCGAUGCAUUGAUUUGCAGUAGUGGGAGUGUGAUGUGUUACCCGUGGAGAGACUUGGGGGCUGACGUGGACUAUGCGGCCCACGUGGAGUACAAGUGGCCUAGUGACAAUGUGCGAGCAACGGUCAGGAGGCUUGCCAGGAUGGAUGGUGGGGCCGAGGAUGAUGUGGCGGAAUUUCUCCAGGGGUGCAGCUCUCGUUGCCUUUCUUAUUUGGUAAAACCAGGAGCCAAGACAAGGAGGAUCGAUGAUUUGCGCCAAAAGCUACGAAUGCGAGGCUUCCGAUGCAAUCUUGUAUACACGCGUGCCUCUACGCGGUUGAAUGUAGUUCCUUUGUUCGCAUCAAGGGCGCAGGCCCUAAGGUACCUUUCAAUUCGGUGGGGUAUUGAUAUGUCCAAAGUAGCAGUAUUUGUAGGAGAGAAAGGAGACACAGACUAUGAAGAUCUGCUUGUGGGCCUCCACAAAACCCUGAUUUUGAGAGGUUGUGUAGAGAAUGGAAGUGAAAAGCUCCUUCGCAUUGAGGAAGAGAGUUAUAAACGGGAAGAUGUGGUUCCACAAGAAAGCCCUAACAUAGUAUUUUUAGAAGAGGGCUAUGGUGCUAACCGCAUUUCAAGCGCCCUACAAACUCUUGGGUUCAAUUGAUUCGAGGUUCAAAAGUAUCGAUUCAAAGUAUCGAUACGUAUCAGUUUUUGAAUACACAGAUACACUAAAUACUGGGAAUUAGGACACAUGACCAUUUUUGAGGGGCAAUGCCCUUCUUAGAGAUGUCAUGGCUCAAUUCUUGAAACUUAAAAAUAAAAAUCAAAGUAUAGUGCCCCUUUGAAUUGUGCAAUACACAAUUUUUUUUCAUAUCACAUGUAUCAACACCUUGAAACUUGAAG